CUUGAGCGACCGACCAGUCAGAGAAAGGAUGAGGAGUGGAGAAGGAGGCGGCUUGCUGUCUUUGCUGCGGUGCGUUUAAGUUUUGUAAAUUGUAUUCGUUGUUUGAAAGCCAACAGCAGGUCCACUGCAAUGUCUGUCAAACACAGCUGCUCUUUAUUCGAUACAUUUUCAACUGGAUAAUCCCGAGUUCGCGUCUGGAUUAUUGCUCCUGUGUUUUUAUAGGUAGACAAUUCAAUUCAUCGGAUCAGUCAGGGCGGGAUUCAGUUUCUGUGGACUUCAAGUAUUAUUUCUCGACUUGUUUCUUAUUUUGGGAGCUGUGUGUCAGAAUUUAGCCUUGUAACGAGCAGCCGGUGCAGCAAGUAGCCUAGUCACACUGUGGACUGGAAGUGGAGGCUGAAGAAGCACACGUGUUAUCCUCCUUCCUCCGGCUGCGGACGCAUCGAUCCUUCAGCACACUCUGGAUAAAAGUUGUUUUUUCUGUUUGGGAUUUCGUUUAAAACAGCAAGAGAAAGAGGCAGACAACAUGUCGCUAAGCAGAAGUAUUGAAUUUGAACACUUUGAGGAGCGAGAGAAGCCGCACCGGACACCGAGGACCAACUCGGGCUCCGGGUCCCAGACAGGCUCCAGAGGCAACGGUCUGGUCCCCAGCCCGGCGCACAGUGCGCACUGUAGUUUCUCCCGCACACGCACUCUCCAGUCCCUCACCACCGAGAAAAAAGCCAGAAAAGUGCGGUUUUACCGCAAUGGGGACAAAUAUUUUAAAGGUUUGGUGUAUGCCGUGUCUAACGACCGGUUCAGGUCUCUGGAUGCUCUGCUCAUGGAGCUCACACGAUCCCUGUCUGACAAUGUCAACCUUCCUCAAGGAGUCCGGACGUUAUACACGUUGGAUGGAGGCAGGAAGAUCACCAGUCUGGAUGAGUUAGUAGAGGGUGAGAGUUAUGUGUGUGCCUCAAAUGAACCCUUCCGACGUGUGGAGUACACCAAGAACGUCAACCCCAACUGGUCACUGGGCAGCAAGACCGGCACAUCACGCUCCCUCUCCUCUCUCAUCCCGCUGAAGAGUGAGCUGCAGCGCGAGUCCAAGGACUUCAUCAAACCCAAGCUGGUCACAGUCAUCCGCAGUGGCGUCAAACCCCGCAAGGCAGUACGGAUACUGCUCAAUAAGAAGACUGCACACUCCUUCGAGCAGGUGCUCACUGACAUCACAGAUGCAAUCAAGUUGGACUCUGGAGCUGUGAGGAGACUGUACACAUUGGAGGGCAAACAGAUUACCUGCCUGCAGGACUUCUUUGGGGACGAUGAUGUGUUUAUAGCAUGCGGGCCAGAGAAGUACCGCUAUGCCCAGGAUGAUUUUGUGUUGGAUCACAGCGGUAAGGCUUCCACAGCCUUUGUGACUGAAUGCAGAGUGCUAAAAUCGUCUCACAGCCGCUCUGCUACUCCGAACCGGACAGCUAAGAGCCCUGGACCUUCACGACGCAGCAAGUCCCCUGGUGCAGCAAGGCAAACUGUCCACUACUCCACCAGUCAGUCUCCAAUCAAAUCCCCAGUAAAUGGUGUCUCAAGCAGCCAGAUCUCAACUCCAAAGUCCACCAAAUCCUCCACUCCAUCUCCCACCAGCCCCCGACCCAUCCCCAGUUUUAAGAUCCCUCAGUCACAUCACAUCUCUUCCCCAAAUGUAAAUGGCUCGUUGAACAACCACCAGGAGCAAACUAAUCGAAUGAGUCCAGAGGCAGUUAAUGGUAACCGCUACCUGCCUGCCUCCGCCGUCUUGGAAAAGUACAAGGUUGGCAAGGUCAUCGGAGAUGGCAACUUCGCUGUGGUCAAAGAGUGUGUGGAGAGGUCCACAGGAAAAGAGUUUGCACUGAAGAUCAUCGACAAGGCUAAAUGCAGUGGAAAGGAGCACCUCAUAGAGAAUGAGGUUGCAGUGCUGCGGAAGGUGAAACACCCCAACAUCAUCAUGUUGAUAGAGGAGGUGGACACUUCCUCUGAACUCUACCUGGUUAUGGAGCUUGUCAAGGGAGGGGAUUUAUUUGAUGCCAUCACCUCCUUGGCCAAAUACACAGAGAGGGACGCCACUGUCAUGGUGUACAAUCUCGCUGGAGCUCUGAAGUACCUGCACAGCAUGAACAUUGUCCACAGAGACAUUAAACCAGAGAACUUGCUGGUGUUUGAGUAUCCAGAUGGCACCAAGUCAUUGAAACUCGGGGACUUUGGCCUGGCCACAGUGGUGGAAGGACCUUUGUACACCGUAUGUGGAACUCCUACAUAUGUGGCUCCAGAAAUCAUCGCAGAGUCUGGUUAUGGUCUGAAGGUGGACAUCUGGGCUGCAGGUGUCAUCACCUACAUCCUUCUGUGUGGCUUCCCUCCAUUUAGAAGUGAGAGUAACAUGCAAGAGGAUCUGUUUGACCAGAUCCUUCUUGGGCGUCUGGACUUUCCCAGUCCUUACUGGGACAACAUCACUGACUCAGCCAAGGAGCUCAUUGGAAAGAUGCUGACGGUCAACUCUGAGGCUCGAUACACAGCACAAGACAUCCUCUCCCACCCUUGGGUUACGGACGACGCAGUCAUUGGGAACAACAUGAAGAUGGAGGUCACAGGCAAACUGAAGACGCACUUUAACACUGCGCCUAAGCACAACACCACCACAGCCGGGGUGUCAGUCAUCAUGAACACAGCUCUAGAUAAGGAGACCCUGCGGCUCACCACCCGUCGUCGUCCAGGGCCCCAAACAAGGCCAUGUCCACCAUCAUCAGCAGGCAAGAAAGUUCCAUCUGCCCUUCCAGUCAAACCAGCCUCGCCAACAAAGUGGGCAUCACGCGCCAAAGAACCAAAACCUGCCACGCUGGUGUCACCCACCAAGACUGCUUUUCUCGAGGCCCCCAAGACUGCCGUGCCAGGUGCUACAUCCACCACUAAUGCUCCCUGCUCUCAUUCCCCAACUGAUGCUGUUGAUUUCCCUCCCUCUGCUGAAGCUUUCCCCAUCACCUCUUUACCGGUUUCUGCCCCUCCUGAAAUAAGAACAUCACCUACAUCACCCUCCGUCCCUCCCUGCUUAUCUCUAGAAACUCCCUCACCUUCUGGCCCUCCUAAUCUUUUCACCUACACAACUCCCUCUACACCUGUGUCCUGUCCUUCCCCAUCAUCUCCACCCAUACCAGCUUCUCUUUCUCUCUCUUCUCCCACCAAACAAGCCCCUUCCACCUCUUCUACCAAAAAAGCAACGUCCCCAUCUUCCUCUCCCACAAAACAAGCUUUCCCCUCCCCAGUCUCCCCCAUCAAACCUGUUGUAUUCUUUCCUCCCUCUUCCCCAACCAAACAAGAAUCUUCCUCCUGCUCUCCCAUCAAUCCAACUCUGUUUCCCUCUCCUCCUUCUACACCUCCCAGAUCCACAACCCCGCCCUCUCCUGCUGGCCCUCCUUCUCCCAGCCCACUACCUGCUGAAGAGCUUGUGGAGAUUUAAAAGGCAGGUCAAUUCUGUAGCCAAUUUCACCCCUCUCACUGCUUCUCUUUACAUGUAUGUAUCAGAAAACAUAGGGGAGGAGGCUAAAACUCCACCUCAAGCAUUUCCUGUAGCUGUAAACUGAGCCAGUGACUGCUGUGUCCAUAUUUUUCUCUCAUUCUUAUCCCGCUCAUUUACAGAGACGGAGGAUACAAGGCAUUUUCUAAGAGUUUGCCAAUUGUAUAUAUGUUUGUAUUUAUUAAUAGAGGAUGUGGAGAAAGGGAAUUAAUUGAAUAUAUCACUGGAAAUCAUGCAUUACUAUAUCAUGUUAAUGUGAAUUCUUCCUUUUAUUUAUUAUCCCAUUUUGACUGCCUGCGGCUCUUUUGUAAAUAGUUAUUCAUUACACAUACACACCCCAUUGUGAACUCCUAUUGCUUUAGCAGACACAGUAUGUCCAUAAUACAAGUAUUUCAGCAUAUCAAAUGUCUGAACUUGCUAGCCUAGCUACCUGUAGUGUAAUCCAAUUACUGUAAAACCACUAUCAGUAUUUUCUCUGACCAUAGCCAUCCGGAUCGUAACCACACCUUUACUGUUAAACUUAAGAUUCCUAUUAAGUGUUACUAUAUAUACACACAAGUGCAGUGGGUUGACAAAAUAAAAGGUAAUACCUACCAAAGUACCAAGUAGCUAAUAACGAGUAAGGCAAUGCUUUACCUGUUUACAGCUUCAGCUCUACUUAGAGAUUCUGUGCAUUUGUGCGCCUUGAAAUCAUGCAUGUAAAAAGAGGUAAUAAUUACAUCAGUUAAAGCUGACACAAAUGGCUGUUCAGAUUCAAUUUAAAAGGGUAUGUUCAUCCAAAUUACAAAAAACAUUUUCUAAGUCACCCCUAGCAUAGUGGUUUGCAAUCGUUUUGGCUUGUGAGCCCUUGUUAUAGAUUUAAUAUUUCUCUGCAUUGUGGCCAUUUCAACCAAAGAUUCAAAUUGUUUUAUUUAAAAAUGUUUGGGGCCUGAAGAUAUAAAACUAUCAAUUCAUUCAAAAGCUAAAAAUUGUAAAAAAUACAAAACACAAUUUUAUGUAGCAGGAGUGUUGUUAUCUAUCAAUCAGCUUCCAACCCCUCAGAUUUAUCUUGUGACCCCUUGGGGGUCCAGACCCCCAGUUUGGGAACAACUGCUCUGUUGUUAUUUACAGUAGCCAUGCAGAAAGCGUUGGGUUAAUUUGCUGAGGUUAUGAGAUUUCUGUUGCUGCCACAAUUCAAUGGAGGUGAAUGGAAUUUUGUUUGUGGUGCUUACAUGAUUUUUUUAAUAAAUUACUAUUUAGAAAUUUAGCAGCAGUGUGUUUACAUUUAAUUUUUAUAUUUUCAAUUUAGUUUGUCAAGGCCCCUAUGGAAAUUGUCCACAGUGAGAUCUGCAGUUAUGCAGAGUUACCAGGACAUCGUUUCUGGAAAGAAAUGUUGCUAUUGAAUAUUGUAAAUGUAAUUUUUCAAUGCUAUUACCACAAACAAAAUUCCAUUCACCUUCAAUGUAUUGAGGUAGUCAUUUCAGAGAAACAUAUCUCAAAAACCAGGGCAAAUAAAAGAAAAACUCUUUGUAUGAUACUGCUAAAAGUAAGGCAAAGGAUGUUUUUUUAUUUGGGUGAACUGACCCUUUAAUAUGACUUUCCAGUGUAUCUGCCUAUAUAAUUCAUAAAUCAAUUUGGCAUAUAAUUCAUAAAUGAAUUUAUAAUUCAUAAAUCAUUUUGUGCACCCACUGUAACUGACAGACAUGCUGACACAUUCAUUCACAUACUGUUUGUAUGUAUUAUUUGAUGUGAACAUUUUAGUUGUACAUAGUGUGAAGAACCGUAGUUGUCCACCUGAAACUUGAAGGUUUGUUUUUGCUUACGUGUGUCUGAGCAGUUAUGGCCCUAAAAGUUGUGACUGCUGUACAUAAAUAGAGAAACUAGAUCCAACAGACAUGAAACCAAAUUGCAGGUUUGUUUCUAAUGAACUGCAAUUUUCAAACCUGAACUGCUUUCUGCUACGGCUCUAGUACUGCACAGAACGGACACAUUUACCAGUUGAUAUAAUUCCCAUUGACAAUGCUUUACUGUUGGUUGCAUGAAACUAGUCAACACUGUUCCUUCAAAAUAUCCACGCAAUGGUUUUUGUUCUGUUGGAUUUAUAUGAAUGAAUGUGUUGCCAAGGUGACAGGUUUGUGCCUGACCACUAGCUAACAGCUCAUAGCUUAAUGAUGCCUUCAUCAAAACCAGCUAGGCAGAAAAAUGGAGCUCCUAACUGUGCAUCCUAAAAAUGAGUUAUAAGUGAUUUGUUUUAAACUCCACAGCAUUUACCCCAGCUGGGGUUAGUAGGGCUAACUCCUUCAGUGAUUCAACAUGCCUCUUUACCUCUUCAGGACUUUCAGCUGCAUGCAUACUCCUUUCCCCACUUCCUGCCUCCCUGUAAGACAAAACCCUCACACAUAUACAAAGUCAAGUUGGUACAUAAUGUCAGUUAGCUUCCUCUUAUGUAUAUGUAGUUAAAGUAGAUUUUCAUAAGCAGUUUGUAAAGGCAAAUUUGUAUGAAAAGACAGUUUUAAAACAGGUAUAUCAUCUGUGUCAAACUGGAGUAACGGUUUUUAUUAGGCAGAGUGGCUGCUUUUAAUGUCCAACUGUUUUGAAAUAGCAGUACAGCAAAAAAUAAAACUGCAAUAAAGACUUCAAAUGAG